UCAGCCGAGCCCUAAUUUUGUUGCAUAAAAAACAGGUUGCCAUGUUUUUUUAUGGUUUUCUUGGAUUGGAUUUCCCCAAAUCAUCACUUCUGAUUAUCACCAACACCAGCGAAGACGGAGAAAAAGUCUUGAAAUUUCGUUUCUGGAAGCCCUAAUUUGUUGAAGAAAAGAGGAGGAGAUUGACAGUGGGGGAUAACCUUUUCUUCAUUGAAAAUGGUGGUAUCGAUGAAAUUUUUUGUGCUAUUGAUGGUUAUUACGUUGCCACUUUUGUCCUUCGCCUCUUCGUCGCUGAUGUGUCCUUCUGAAAUCAAGCCAUUUCUUCAUGAUCUACAUCUUCAAUGCCCUACGACAAUUAUGUAUUCUUGGCCGAUCGAGAUGAAUGAGGAGUCUCUUGACAAGGUUUUGAGCUUCAGGCAGAUGAAUGGAUAUGUAGCCAUAUUGUUCUAUGCUUCUUGGUGUCCAUUUUCUAGGAACUUCCAACCCAAGUUUGCAGCCCUCAGUUCAAUGUAUCCACAAAUUAAGCAUGUAAUGAUUGAACAAUCUUCAGUUCCACCAAUUGUUUUCUCAAGACAUGGCAUUCAUGGCGUGCCCUCGAUUUUGAUAGUGAACAGGACAAGUAGAGUGCGACAAAAUGGUCCAAAAAACCUACCCUCGCUUGUGCAUUUCUAUCAAAAAGCUACAGGACUUGAACCAGUAAUGGACUUAACCGAAGAUCAAAUCAACUCUUCAGAAAACAAAUCAAGACUUCUUGAAUCAUCCACCAAAUCCCAAGUGAAGAACAUAAUCCGAAGAGAACCCUAUCUCAUCUUCUCCCUCCUCUUCCUCUUCUCAAAAGCACUCCUAUACCUCUAUCCAAACAUGGUAUCCAACCUUAUCGCUCUUUGGCUUGCAUACAUCCCUCAUUUGAACCUCGCAAUCUUCGGAGAAUCAAGACAACUUUUGGCACGUGUUCUUCAUCUGGUCGAUAUCAAAAGGGCGUUCAGCAAACUGACGCUUAGCAAAAGCAGGAACUUCCAAAACGGAGCUAGAAGUGCUCGAGCCUGGGCUUCAUCCUUGGCAUCCUUCUCGUUGGGCAAGACUUCUUCCGCUAAGGCAACACAAGGAGGAAAGUUGUAGACUUUGAUAAUAUAUGCAUGUACCAUGCAUAUCGUGUCGAAUCUUUUUUUUUUUUUUUUUCGUUUUGUUUACUUUGUUAUUUCAAAAUCAUGCGUCAUUUUGGACUUGUGGUUUAGGGAAAGUAGGAGUGUUUGUAAAUUUGAGAACCUUUUGAUCUAUUUUGUGUAUAUUAUGUAUCAAUGAACAACAACAAUCCAACCCUGAUUAGGUUUAUCAGUGUUUCAGACAAAUACUGAUAAGAAUAAAUUCCAUGUGAUUUUACUGUCA